CUUGAACCGCAUCUCAUUUUCGCUCGACUCCUAAUUGAAAUCAGAGAGAGAGAGAGAGAGAGAUGAAGAAGAGAUCAACGAGGAAGCCAACCGUGGCGGACUUUCUGGUCUCCCCACCGCCAACCGCCAGCCCCAACCGAUCGCCGAGCGAGUCGCCGAAGGAGCAAUUCGAGUUCGACCUCGGCGCCUUCAACAACGCCGCCUCGUCCUCGAAGAAGCGGAAGAAGGACAACGUGGCGUCGAGCUCGGUGGAUCGGAUCCAGAACGUCGUCAGAUCGCCGCUGAACAUGAAGAGCCUGGGCACGAUAUCUGAUCUCAAGGAGAUGGCGGCUUCGCUCUUGGACUCCAUCAAGCACCAGCUGGAUCGCUCGCAUGCGGAGAUCGUCAAGGACCUGGAGGCCUCUCAGUCUCGUCUCCACAAACGCUUCAAGAUUCAGACACAGGCAUGCCAGCAAGUGGUAGAUGAAGCAGAGAAGGAACAUAAGAAAAUAUCAGACCGAAUCAGUGAAAGUAGAGAAGCAAUGAAGGCUUCAUAUUUGAAGUUCUUGGCAGAAGCACAGGCCAGUGCAUCUCGUGUUUGCAAAACAUCCAUUCCUGAGCUCUCGCAGUCAUUUGAGAAAUCCCUUGAUGUCCUCCGAAGCCGCUAUGGGAUUUCAUCAAAUGCGAUGUGAUCUGCUCGCUGCCAGGCCACGAUUUACAAGGAAUCAAGAGUGGAGGAAAAGAUUAUGGAGAUUGCAUGGAGAAGCUGCUGUAAGAUGUAAUUAGACUUCUUUUUCCAGUGCAUUGAAUGAACUGUUAUGAUACUGUCACCAAAAAAGCAAAAGGUUACAUUUUGUCAUUUCUUUGUGCUACCAGUUUGUACUGGUUACUAAAAGUGGAGUAGGCUUGCAAUCAGACACUCUAA